AUGGAUCUCUUCUCUAUUUCUUCUUCAUUCCAUGUUCUGAGUCUCUGCGUUUUCUUUAUCCUUUCCUCGGGAGGUGCAUUGGGGGCUACAUUUACAUUUGUGAACAAAUGUGAGUACACAGUAUGGCCAGGGAUACUAGCAAAUGCCGGCAGUCCUAGUCUCGAUAGCACUGGAUUCGAGCUCCCUCAGGAGUCUUCCCGGACCUUCAAUGUUCCUACGGGGUGGUCGGGCCGGAUGUGGGGAAGAUCCGGCUGCACAUUCGACGGAUCCGGAUCAGGUUCUUGCAUUACUGCCGAUUGUGGGUCUGGUCAAGUGGAAUGCAAUGGCGCCGGUGCAUCCCCGCCAGCCACUCUAGCAGAGUUCACCCUUGGCACCGGGGGACAGGACUUCUACGACGUCAGCUUAGUUGAUGGGUACAAUUUGCCCAUGAUAGUUGAGGCUUCAGGCGGGUCGGGUUUGUGUGCUUCAACGGGUUGCGUCACGGAUCUGAACCGGGUCUGCCCAAGUGAACUGCGAGUAGGCGGAGGGGAAGCUUGCAAGAGUGCGUGUGAAGCUUUCGGGAGUCCAGAGUAUUGCUGCAGCGGCGCGUUUAACUCACCCGCCACCUGCAAGCCGUCCGUUUAUGCUCAGAUGUUCAAAUCUGCAUGUCCCAGAUCCUAUAGCUACGCUUAUGAUGAUCCUACCAGCACUUUCACCUGCUCUGGUGCAGAUUAUACUGUAACCUUUUGCCCCUCCAUGCCUAGUCAAAAAUCUUCAAAAGAUCCAACACCGACGACGACCGCACCAGUGACAACUACAGAUGGGUCUAUAUCUGGGACAGGUACAAGUGGCCCGGAUGGAUCCGAAACAGGAUCCGGAUUGGGUGUGACGGGGGCGGAUCCGGGUUCAGAAUCUGGUUUAGGUUCUCAAGCUCUGCUUACAGAUGGAUCAUGGUUAGCUGGUUUGGCAAUGGGUGACUCAACUAGAAUUUACUCUUCAUGCUUUGCCCCAGUUGCCUUAGCUUUUUUCACCCUCUCCAUUCUUUCUUUGUAG